AUGGAGGAGAAAUUAAAUUUAUACAUUUACCCUCUAAAGAGGCUUAAAGUAUACAAUGAACCUAAUUCAAUUGAAGUUACAUUAAACACAUUUGAUAAAAAAAAAUUGAAUAAAGAUGAAAAAAGAAAUGAAAUUCUUGAAGAGUUAAAAUGUAAACGUGUUGAGAACCCACAUAUGAUUUAUGAUUCUUUAAAUUCAAAUAUCCUUUAUGAAAUAAAAAAUUUCUAUGCAACAGAUAAAACAUAUAUAACACGACGAGAAGUAAAAGACAGUAAUUUGAAUAAUACAGAUAAAAAUUUAAGUAGUAAUCAAAAUGAUAUAAGUGACAAAAAUAAUAAUAUAAAUGAUAACUCAAGUGACGAUUCGAAUAAUAUUAUAUAUGAUGAAACAGAUGAAUGUUUUCAUGACAAUGAUUCUAAAAGUGAAGACAUGUCAAAAAAAAAUAAAAAAAAUAAAAAUAAAAGUAGCAACAAAAAGAAAGAUGAUAAAAAGGGUAAUAUUAAUAAUGAAGGUAUUUAUAAUGAAAGUAUUUAUAAUGAGAGUAUUUAUAAUGAAAGUAUUUAUAAUGAAAGUAUUUAUAAUGAUAAUAUUUAUAAUGAUAAUAUUUAUAAUAAUAAUAAUUUAAAUCGAAACUUACAAAAUAACCAUAGAACUAGAAAUGUUUAUAAAUCCUCAAAAGUUGCAGAAUAUUUUACAAAUUAUCCUCAAGAAGUACAAGAAGACAUUUCAUCUUGUUCGAGUGAUGAUGAGAUAACUACUUUGAAAAAAAAAAAAAAAAAUAGCUAUAAACCUAAUCCAUCAUAUAAUGUAAACACAAAUGGAAAGGAUAAGAUAUUAUAUUCAUUAUCUAGUGAUUCGAUAAAACAUUCAGAUAUAUAUUAUGAUGACAUAAAAAAAAAAAAAAAAAUAGCUGAAAAAAAUUUUAUAGAUUUUUUACAUAAUACAAAAAAAUAUGAAAAAGAAAUUAAUUAUAAUCAUGUGAGAAAUAAUACAUCUAGAGAUGUUAUUAAUACUUUGGCUACAUUCUAUAUUGAUAAAAAAAUAAAUAUAAAUACAAAAUAUUCAUAUGAUUUACAUUUCAAUAUGAAAACACCAGUUGUUGUAUUUCCAACAGGAUUUUAUAAUAAUGAAAUAAAAAUUGUAGAAAUGCAAAUUAAAGAUUUUAUAUAUGACGAUAAUUAUAUAUAUAACAAGUAUAAUAAUAAUAUUAAAAAUAUUAACAAUAUUAACAAUAUUAAUAAUAUUAACAAUAAUAUUAAUAUUAGUGAAUAUGAGAAAAUAUAUAAAAACGAUUUUGUAUAUAAUCCACAUAUUAUUAAUAAUAACACAAGUGUAUAUAAUCAUAAUAGUCUAUAUGAUGAUAAUCAUUUGAUACCAUCAAAUAUAAAAUUCAAUUUUGAAAAUGAAAUAAAUAUCAUACCAACAAAUUUAUCUGUUGGUAAUGAUGAAUAUUUAUAUAGAACACAAUUACCGUCAUAUACAAGUUUGCUAAAUAGAAUAAAAAUUGCAAAAGAAUAUAAUAAGAAUUAUAUGUAUAAAAAGUUUUAUAAAAUACAAAAUGAUAAUCAGCUUUUAUAUAAAAUUAAUCGUAAUCUAACUGAAUCUAAAGAAAUAGGAUCUAUUUCUGUUAAUAAUUUUUAUAAAAUUAAAGAAAUCAAAGUUGAUAAUAAUAAUAUUAAUCAAACUGUUUUGUAUUCUAGAAAUGAUUUUGGACUUUUUAUUUUUCUUUUACACUAUAAAGAAAAUGAUGUUUUUAAUAAUAUUUACGAGAAUAGUAUAUCACAUCCAAAAAAUAAAAAAGAUCAAAUACAAAAUUAUAAAUUAAAUAAGAAAAAUACAACAAAUUAUUCUUCAAAUGAACAAAAUUUUUUUAAAAUUUCGAAUUACAAAAUACAAAUAACAAAAGAUAUCCUACUAUUUGAUCGAUUAUAUCAAAUAUGUCCAAGUCCUUUUACAUUUGGAAAAUGUUUAUUUAUAGGUAAUCAUAAUAGUUUAUAUUCUUAUGAUAUACAAACUAAUAUUAUACAUAUGUCAGAUAUAAAUAAUAAUGCGUCAUUCUUUAAACAAAAUGAUACUUUUAUAUGUAUGUGUCAUUUACAAGAUGAUAAUACAAUUCUCUUUGGAGCGAGAUAUCUUUAUAUUUAUGAUCAAAGAGAAAAACAAAUGGCAAAAUUUAAUACUAGUAAUUAUUUUGCUAAAAAAACAACCAAAAAAAGAACUACCAAAAAUGUAUCUGAACAAUUUGGUAAUAUCUUAUCAGAACGUAAUAUUAAUCCAAAUAAUCUUUAUAAUGAAAAUAUUAGUCGUUCUCAUUUUAAUCAUGGUUAUACAGCUUUACAAAAAAAUCCAGAUUUCCCAUUUAUAGUCGCUGCAGUCAAUGCAUCAUUUAAUGUUAUCGAACUCUGGGAUACGAGAAAUCAAUAUGAACCAUUAUUUAUUUUUCCAUUAAAUAUUUCUGAAUUCACACACACUUAUUUUAGACAUAUUGAAUGGAUAAGAAUAUCACCAAAUGUUUAUGAUUAUGAUAAAAAAAAUAGUUAUAACUUAGCUGCCUUCUCCUAUUAUGAACAUCAGGUCUAUAUCAGAAAAAUUGUCAUCUAUGAUGAUUUUACAAACUACAAAGAUUUAGGCAUACAAACGUAUACCAAUAAUCAGUCACAAUUUAUGUACAACUAUCUUUUCAAAAAUAAUAAUAAACAGAAUCAGGUGCACUUUUUUGAUUCUAUUAAAGACACAUCUUCCAUUCAAGAUAAAGGAGAAACAAAAGAAUAUAAAAAAAAAAUGACAAAAAGGAAAAAAGUACAACAAAUGGGUGAAACUACAAAAAUGGAGGAAAAUAGAAAGAUGAAGGAAAAUAGAAAGAUGGAGGAAAAUAGAAAAAUGGAGGAAACUAGCCAAAUGGGAGAAACUAGCCAAAUGGGAGAAACUAGCCAAAUGGGAGAAACUAGCCAAAUGGAACAAACUAACCAAAUGGAACAAACUAGCCAAAUGGAACAAAUUAGCCAAAUGGAACAAACUAACCAAAUGGAACAAAUUAGCCAAAUGGAACAAAUUAGCCAAAUGGAACAAAUUAACCAAAUGGGAGAAACUAGCCAAAUGGGAGAAGCUAGCCAAAAUGGAAAAGUUCCAUUAAUUUCCCAAGUAAAUGUCCCCAACUACUUGGGAGAAAAGGGUUGCAUCUUCAACCACACCAAUGGUGUAAUAAAAAAAAAUACUGUUGUUUCAUCUCGAAAUAGGAACAAAAAAGAGAAUAUUAAUUAUAAACAUUUAACUGCAAGAGAGAUGAGAAAACGAAAAGACAUUUGUUAUAACCACUUGUUUAGUUAUAGAAGUGUAAAGAUGCAUAUAGAUGAUUCAAUAAUAAUGGAUGCAUCUAAAUUUACAACAUUACAAAAGAAUAAAAGGAGUUGUAUAAAAUUAAAUAAUGAUGAUAAAAAGUAUAAUUUUAUAAAUUCUAAUAUGUACAAUAUGUUUUUUGGAUUAUAUGGUAUGCAGUUUAUUGAGUUUACUAUACCUGUAUUUUAUUGUUCUAAAGAAAAGAAAAAUAAAAUAGAACAAUAUCCACAUGAACAGGAUAAAACCAAAAAUAUGUUUUUAGAAAAACAUUAUUAUUUUGAUGAAAAAAAAACAAAAACGUAUGAAUAUUUUAUUAAAAGAAAGAAUGAAAGAAAGGUAUGUUCAAGACAAGAAGUGGAAGGUAUUAAAUUGGAUUAUAUUCAGUUUGUUAUGUAUAUAAAUUCUUCAGGUCAAAUAUUUUGUAUGCCUCUUAAUCUCAAUAUAAAGAAAAUAAAGAAAGAGCAAAUUAAAGAAUGGAUACCUAUAAAUAAAUUAUAUAUUACUAAUACUUAUGUAAAUGAAGAUAUACAAAAAUUAUCUCAACAAUUUAUUGAUAUUAUUGAAAAUAAAAAUAUGGAAAAUAAAAAUGUGGAAAAGGAUUCAUAUGAAUUUUUAAAUAAAAAAGAAGAUAUUUCAAAUGAAUAUAAUAUAAAUAAGGGAGAAGAGGUUAUAAGAAAUGUUGAAAAUAGUGCAGAUAAGGAAACAGAAUUGUCUAAUAAGAAUAAAUCUAUUAUUAAUAUUCAAAAUGAAGAUAGUCAACAAUUUUUUAAUAAUGAAAAUCAAUCGGAACAUACAAAUUCGGUUGAAUAUGGAGAUCAGUUUAUAUUAAAUAUGAAUGAAAAUAUGGAUAACUUGAAUAACAUGUAUGUUGAAGAAAAUUACACUGAUAAUAAUAUAUAUAAUGAUGAUAAUAUAUAUAAUAAUGAUAAUAUAUAUAAUGAUAAUAAUAUAUAUAAUGAUAAUAAUAUAUAUAAUAAUGAUAAUAAUAUAUAUAAUAAUGAUAAUAAUAUUAAUCAAUAUGAUAAUAAUAUUGAUGUUGAUGAUGAAAAUAAAAAUGCACAUAAUUUUGACCAUGAAGUAAAAGAACAUAAAAAUGAAAACAUCAACAAUGUUAUUAAAGACGAGGAAAAAACAUUUUCAUUAACAAAAGAUAAUUGCUAUGUUUUAAAAGAUUUAUAUUCUUCUUACUGUAAUAUAACAAAUGAAUUUCUAUCAGAUAUGUUUAGAUUUUUAUCUAGAGAUAAAGUUCUUAUAUUACAAAAAAAUAGAAAUUCAAUUAAUAUAUUUAAAUAUGGCAGAAAUAAGAAAGAUGAAGAAAAUAUUCUUAUGAACAUAAAAAAUUGCCUAGUAAUAGAAAAAAAGUCGGAUGAUAUGAAAAAUAAAAAUGAUAUAAUAAUAUCAUCAAAAAAGAAAAAUAUUUCAAAAUUAAUAAGUGGCGAUAAUAAUAUGGGAGAGGCAUAUAAACAUAAUUUAAUUUCAGAUUGUGAUAUUUUGAAAUGGUCAAAUGAUACCAAUUAUUAUGAUAAGGAUAAUAUGAAAAGUAAUAAUAAGAAAAAUAAUAAUGUAAUAGUUGAUGAUAAUAUAGAGACGUCUGGUAAUGCUAUCAUGGAAGAGGAAGUAUUUAUAUCUAAAGAAGUUCCUAUAAAUUACAAACAUGAUAGUAAUAAUAAUAAUAAUAGUAAUAAUAAUAAUAAUUACAACUAUUAUUGUAAUAAUAACAAUUGUAAUGUCAUCCCUUUUGAUAAAGAAAAUAUAGUGUCAAAUGUAAUUAUUGAAAAUAUGAAAGAAAUUUUUAGUUCUAAGAAAGAUAAAAAAAAAAAAAAAAAAAAAUGCAAAGGAAUGAAAUAUAUAAAAGAAAAGGAUAGGUCCUCAUCAAAUAAUAAUAAAGAAACUCUUUGUUCUAUAUAUAAUGUAUUUGAAUUAUUUUCCAAAAAAAAUAUUAAGAAAGAAUAUAUGAAUGAACUUAUAACUACACAAAUAAUUCCUAUUUUAAAAUAUAUAAAUUUUAAUUCUUUUAAAGAUAGUAUAUUUACAGAAAAGAAAAAUGCAUUAUGCACAUUUAAAAUUCAUAACUUUUUUUAUGUAGAAACUUUGUUUAAUUUAGAAAAUUCUUCAUAUAAUUUAUCAAAAGAAAUGAUAAAAAAAUUUAUAGAAGAUAGUUAUGCUUUCUGCACGUAUUCAACAAAUUUUCAAUCAUAUAAAAUAUUGAAAAGAAAUAAUAUAUCAAAUGAUAUUUUAUAUUUUUAUAAUAAAAAUGAAACCUUUAACAAAUUUAUUAUGAAUAAAAUAAAAGUUCUACAGAGGAAUAUCCAGUUUAUGCCUAAAGAUAUCAAUAAUGAAAUAAUAAUAAAAAAAAAUAAAACUAACAAUAAAAAUAUAUAUAAUAAUAGCAAUAAUGAUGGUGAUGAUAAUAAUAAAAAUAGUAUUAUUAUAUCAGAUGAAUAUGAUAUAAAUAAUAUAUAUGAAAAUUUUACAAAUGAAGAUAAUCUUAAUUAUCAUGAUUCUUUUAAUAAUAAUUUUAAUAAUUUACAAAAUUUUGAUAAUGAACAUGAAAGUAUGUUCACUCAUAAUACCAUACAUAUGAUUAACACAGGAGAUAUAAACAAUGACAAUAAUAUGGAUAAUAAGAAAAAUAAAAAUGAGAAGAAACUGCAUAAAUUGUCUAUUUUAAAAAAAGCAUAUAAGUUGAGAAAGCUAUUUGAAGUUUAUAAUGAAAAUGGAUUUAAUUAUAUAUUAACAAGUAUGAAUAAAAUACAAUUAAUAAUAAAAAAAAAUAAUAAAAUAAAUAAUAAUAUGUAUCAGAAUAAUAAUGAGGAUAUAAAUAAAUAUAACAGUCAAUUUUUCGAUAAAAAAAAAAUAAAAAAAUAUUUUUUGAAAAUAUCGAAAGAACUAGACAAAUGUGUAUCAAUGAAAAAUUUUUUUUUUUAUCAAAGUCCUAUAUGUUUUUGUCUUUAUAAAAAUGAUUAUAAUAACAAAAGACAGUAUAAUACAUAUUUAAAUUCAUAUGAAUUCCUUUUAGAUAUUUUAAUCUUUUUCAACAAUAAUAAUAUAAUGCAGAGUGAAAUAGAGAGGAUGUAUACAUCUGGUAAGGAUUAUAUGUGUAUAAAAAAUGAUGAGCCUGUUGAUAAAAUAUUUAAAAAUAAUAGGAAAAGGAAAAAAACGCAUCUGAAUCAAAAAGAAAAUGAUAAUAAAAAUAAUAAUAAUAAUAAUAAUUAUUUUUAUGGAAGUAAAAGUAAAAUGUAUGAGAAGAAAGAUGCAUUUUGUAAGUUAAGAGAGUAUAACAAUAAGGACGAUUUAUUACGUUAUAAUAAAACUAUAAGGAAAUUUAAAAAAAAAAAAUUAUUAUUUUUAAGUAAAGAUAUUACUCAUAAUAUAUUUCAAAAGGUUUUAACUAAUGAAUAUUAUAUACCAAUACCAAAAUAUAUGAAAAAUAAAAUAAAAAUCAAAGAAGAGAAUUUUCAAUGUUCUCCAGUUACCUGUUUUAAAAAACAUUCAGUAGGUUUAUAUAAUGAAAAAUUAUCUAAUAUAUAUAAUUCUAUUAAUUUUCACAAUUUGAAAAAUUUUGAUAUACAUAAAUAUAUGUAUCAUGAGUAUUUUAAUAUACAACAAAAUAAAGUGAAAAAUGAUAUAAAUAAAUAUAUUAACAAUUAUGAAGAACCUUUAUUUGAUAAGCAAUUAAAAACUACUGGACAUGCAGCAGGAUAUAAAAUGGAUUAUAAAUUAUUGAAUAAGUUGUAUAAUUUAUGGCCGAAUAAUGAAAACAAGGAAAGAACCAAGGACAAUUAUUUGGAAAUAAUGAAUAAUUUAAAAAAUAGAGAAAAGGUACUUUUUUAUGAUUAA